AAACAGGAGAGGAGAGGAAAAGAGCUGCAGCACGCACUUUGCUGGCUCAGGGUUCCCUCGGGACAUUUUCUAUUGUUUUUAUCCGAUUUUUGUAAAAAUUUGAUAUCGUGUUUCCUAGACACUUUUAAUACUUUAAUACACUUUUUUUCUAAUACCGAAUUCUGGCAAGGAUUGGCUAUAGCUUGCUAGCUUGCAAACACUGGAUUUUUUUCCCCCUUCCUUCCUUUUUUGACUAAGGCUGCUCAUGAGCCAGCAAAGGCACGGAACAAGGAUAUAAGUCGUCACUUUUAAAUUCAUCCAGUGUAGUAAUAACCGAUGCACUGUCUUCCUUUUAUUUAAAAGCGAGCGGUCGUUGCUGCUGUUUGCAAAGCUAGAUUGCUACGUCAACGGCAGCAAACCUCAGGAAAGAAUGACGACUGUUCAGCUAAUAAAUAUCCAGCGGUUACUGGAAGCAGCAGAAUACAUAGAAAGGAGAGAAAGAGAGUGUGAACACGGAUAUGCUUCGACGUUUCCAUCAAAUCAGAACACAAACUACCAGAGGCAAAGAAAAUUCCGAAAUAAGAAGUUCAACAGUAACCACAAUAGGUCGACACAUAAUGAGCUGGAAAAGAAUAGACGAGCUCACCUGCGGCUGUGUCUGGAGCGGUUGAAGGCCCUCAUACCCCUGGGACCUGACUGCAGCCGCCACACUACCUUGGGUCUGCUCAACAAAGCCAAAGCACACAUAAAGAAACUUGAAGAGGUGGACAGGAAGAGCCAGUACCAGCUGGAGUCUCUGGAGCGUGAGCAGAGGCACCUCCAGCGUCAGCUGGAGUUGCUGAGGGGAGGCGGUGGUGCAGCAGCCCAGAGCAGCCCGGGGGAGGGAGAGAGGAUACGCAUGGACAGCGUGGGCUCCACUCUCUGCUCCGACCGCUCUGAUUCUGACCAAGAGGAGAUUGAGGUGGAUGUGGAAAGCACGGAGUUCUCCCAUGGAGAGCUGGACAGUGUGAGCACAGCCAGCACCAGCGACCUGGAUGACCACAGCAGUCUGCAGAGCAUGGCCAGUGACGAGGGCUACUCCUCCUGCAGCGUCAAACUUGCCUUCUCCUCCUAGAGCCCCGUGCCACCAACGCGACCACCACCUCCCUGCCAAACUCGCUCGCCCUCCCAUCUGUUUAUCCAUCCAGCCAUGCCUAUGAAACACACACAGCCAGUCAGCUCUGACAACUGGCACGCCCCCAGCUAAUGGUGUUCCCCCUUUGCUCCUAGCCUUUUAGUUUCUGCCCCUCCCCUCCGCUUCACACUGCUGAACCCAUUUUUGGAGGCGCUCCAGUGAUGACUCUUCCUUGCCUCAGAAUUUUUUGAACUGCGUCGACCAACACUGACACCAGGGUCCCACACACAGACUGCCAAUUGGUUCAGAUCUUAUUUUAAAAGGAACGGCAGAGACAUAGACAUCAUCUCGAUGUUUGAACCGACAACAAAAAAAAAAAGAUUAAAAAUCUUUUUCUUUUUUUUUUAAUUUCCUUGAGCCAGUAAAUCUCACAAUUUGUUUAAAAAAUACACAACCCCAAAUUUGAUGCAAAACGCUCUUUAAUUAUAUAAUAUUAAAAUAAUUUGGUGUCUGUUUGGUUCCGUCUAAUGUGGGUGUUUGUUUAUAUCUUAUUAUUCUGGUGUUGGGCAUGGCUAAAUCUGGACUUUAAUGAACACUGUGGGUGAACUUUGCCAUAUCUACACAGCUCAUCCCACCAGCCCUAAAUUUCUUCCUUGUCUGAUCAAGGUGGGUUUGUUGUUUGUUUUUUUCCCAUUACCUGUGCUCGACACCACAAAAAGCUCUGACACUUGAAUUGGUGCUAUUGUGAAACAAACCAACCAACCAACCAACGGGGAAGCAGAUCAGAUCUACCACUAAGCUUUUAAAGCGAACAAAGCGUGUCUGCCGUGAUUGUUUCCGACCACACACGGAGGAAAACAAGCCACAAAAAUGGAGGGGAAAAAAGAAAACAUUCCUGACGAAUGUGGGUGCUCAGUGCAUUUUCAGAGAGUGGAAAUUGUAACUUUGUAUGUGUGUGUGUGUGUGUGUGUGUGUGUUUUGUUUUGGUUUCUUUCCCCUUGAAAAGCAGCUAACUACAAGCUAUCCUGCACUUACCUACUAUAGAGCUGUCCAUAGAAAUGGCACAAACCAAGAAGGAAGAAACACACACAAAAACAGCAACAAGAAAAAAAAAAAAAAUCCAAACAAUAAACUUUGGAAUAGAUGUCCAUCUUCUUUCCAGCAGUAACAAGCAAUAACUCUUGUAUUUUUUUUUUUUGGUCAGUUUGAACACCUUUCUGUUAGUUUUUUUUUUUUUUUUAAAUCAGUUCUCCCUCAAGACUCGUGUGUGACCGUCCAAAAAAGUAAAUUCCUUUCUUUUUUUUUGUACAUACAAAUACCCUAAUAAAUAAAACUUUAAAAAAUUAGUUAAAAAAAAAGUAGAGCUUACAGAUAGAACUACUGCAUCUGUUGCUGUUUGACCUGUGUUUAUUGUGCAUUUUAAAUUGAAUUUUUGGGAAGAUUUUUAUCCGCCGAUGAACGCAUCAUUAAUUUGCUGAUGGAAACAUUCAAAAGUUACCCAUUCUGUUCUCCACCCCCCACCCCUGAGGAUGGAAAAGGAAUGUUAUGCUUAAUAGAAACAAUAGAACAACUUUCCAUCCAUUUGCAAACAGCGAUCCAAAAAGGACUUUUUUUGGAAAAGUGGACUUUGUUUGGCCAUGUUUUAUUUAUUAUACACUUUUAUUCUCAGUGUGUUGCUUGUGAAUGGUGGUUUAAAAAAAAAAAGUCCCAUAUGGCAUUCCACUGGUGGGCAGGUGAUAUGUGGGGGGAAAGUUUGAAGCGUUGGAAAAAGAAAAUGGGUUGUAUGAUGUCAAUGUAAUCCAUCCCAACAACACUGGCAUUAAGAAUUGCACUUGAGCUGCAGUUCAUUUUAUUUUUCUUUACCACUGUCAUGUUGAGCUGCCAACCAUUAUUUUGUGUGUGUGAAAGGAAAAACAAAAAACAGAAUAUGAAUAUUUAUUCUGCAAUCCCUCAAAGAACACAAGCAAUGGGGGAAAAAGUUAACUUAUUUUUUUUUUUUUGUCUUAUUUUACUCCUCUUUUUUGAUGCUUAUUCCUCACUCCUUAUUUUAAAAAAAUGUAUAUUUUAUGGACUAUUGUUAAGGGGUUUUUUUUUUUGUUUGUUUGUUUUUGUUUUUUGCGGGGUGGGUGGGAAAGGGGUUAAAAAAAAAAUGUAGCCAUUUCUGUUUUCAUUUUUUGAUCAUUUAUUCAAUGGACACUUGAAAUGUAAUUGGCCCCUAAGCUGCUCCUAGUGCUGAGCCUCGCCUGUUUAGAGUCACCAGCCUUGUCCAGGGCUGACUCCCCAACCACACACCACGCCUGUGAGGAUCCUUACAGACCUAAAACAGGAUGAGUUGAACUUUCAUUCCCAGCCUGCUGUCACAAGGUGAAAUGCUCUCCAUCUUGUUUUUAGGGGUCUGUGCUGAGGGGAGCUAAUUCUGCACAAGACUCACCCAUAGCCAAGACUUUACUGGCAAUUAUUGAGCCGGCUGCUAAACAAAAAAAGGGGGCUAAAACUCCACUUUCCUCCAUUAGGGGGAUUGUAGUCUCUAUUAGACUUGUUUUAGUUGACAAAAUGUGUCUUACAUUUACAAGGCCUCCGGGUGAAGAUUUAAAGAGAUAAAACACAAAAGAACAAAACCUCUGAUGGACAUCAUUACGGUGUAGAGUUCGACAUGUAGGCUCUUUGUGAGCUCUUUUGAGGUUGUUGGACUUGGCACUAAAUCAGAAAGUCACCACUUUUGGUGCUCAGAAAUAAAAAAAAAAAAUGCCAAAACCACCUCAGAACACCUCAGUGUCCUCUCUCUCUUUAUCGCUUUCUCUCUGUGUGGGGGGGCAGUUUACAUUUAUUCUGCCCCUUUUUAAGUUAAUACCUUCAUAUUAUCUUUGUUUCUGUUUUCUUCUUCUUAUGUUGUUUUUAUGAAACCGCACUGCUGACAGGAAAAAGGUCUCAGUGUUUUUACGACAAAUGAAUUUCGCUCCUUGUUCAGACCUCGCUCAGUUCUUUGUAGCGUUUUAACCCGCUCACACAGUCCAAAUUGUUGCGUUUUACUGCGCUGGGAUAAAUUGAGUGUUUAGUCUCUUCAUCACAAGAUGUGUGUGUGUGUGUGUGUGUGUGAGAGAGAGAGAGAGAGAGAAAGCUCCCUGUGGCACUCAUAUUGUCUCAUGCGGUAAAAUGCUCUGAUCCAGGAUGAUUCCAGGGUGGGUUAAAACAAAAACUAAAACAACUGAUUUUAGUGAGGCCAGGUCUGUCCUCUCUCAUGUGAGUCUGCUCUGUGUGUGAGUGUGUGUGUGUGUGUGCGCGCGUGCGUGCGUGCAAGCAUGGGUAUAUGUAUGUGUGCGUGAUCUCCAUGUUCCUAAUAAAGCUGAGCUUUAGAAAGGCACCUGGUCCAUGACUAGCCUGCACAGAUGUCAGUGGGCUGUUUGCCACCUGCUACUCAGUAAAUAUCACACUUCUGAAGGCUGUUUGUCAUAAAAAGACAAGCCUCUCCAGUGUAAGAUGUAAAAACAAAAGGUUUUCAGUCCAGUGCAGAAUAGUCCUGGAUCAGUUGAUUGGGAGGUCUGACAAAACAUUUCUGGCCUUGCUGCAAAUUCAUUAGCAUAUCCUCAUCAAAAAGCUGUAUUUUUACCUCUGUGUUUAAGGUUUCAGUGGUGGUUAAGGUAGAGCUUGGCCAGAAGUGCGCCAGCCGGGUGAAGUGGAAGUUGCAGUAUCCUUUGUAAAACCCCACUCCACUCUGGUGUCAGUCUCUCAGGGGGUUGAUUUGAGCAAACGGGUCCAGGAAGUCAAGUUCGCCCAACCAAACAAGCAGUCCCGAGUGCAGUAGGGCAUCCCUCCUGUUGUUCUGAACCUGUGGCCAUCCUUUGUAAAACAUGCACUCUGAUGAUGAUUCUAGCUGUGUAAGUUGAUGAUGCAAUACUUAAAAUAAAAACACAAAGAUUUUCAAACCUGAAGGACUGAACCGAGCUGUUAAUACCAUGAAAUGUAUCACUGCUGAAUGUACUGUAAAGCAAUGGCUCACACUAAGUUAAAUAAAUGUCACUGCAAACCAUCAUAUAUUCAAAAAUACCUCA